AUGCGGGCUGCGCUGCGGGUGAUGAAGCAGGCCGGGGAGGAGGGGGAGGAGGUGGAGACGCAGUCCUUUCCGUUGACGCUCCAUUCAGCGGUCGUUGAGGAGCCAUUCGUGCAGGCCCUCAUUCUGGAGAACGAGGCGAUGCUCCUGGAAAUCACCCUCCUGCGGCGAUCCUGCCGGGGUCACGCGGAGGCGUGUCGCCAACGGGCGCAGGCCGCGGAAACGGCGGCGCGGCAGCUGCUGGCCGCGUCGGAGGCGGAAGCACGCCUCGAGCUGUGCGUGGCGUGGCAGGCGCGUCUCUUGGGCGGGCUGCGCGCCACGCUGGAGGAGGCGGAGGGGCUGCGGAAGGAAAACGCCGCCCUGCAGCAGGUCAUGGUGAACGUGCAGAGGAAGCUCGGGGCGCCGGAAGCGCACUCGCCUCCCGUCGUGUCGGAGGGAGACGUAACACCGGCGCGUGUCAUUACAGCCGUCGAUUGUGGAAGCAAACUGCACGCAAAGUAUAACGUUCCGCUUAUCAAUAGAGCCGAUUCCAACUCACCACGGGUGCCGUUUUGCCGCUCACGGAAGCGUGGGCGCGACAGUGGCGAUGGUUGGCUUUCCUCCCCGGCGGAGACGACCCCGGCGGAGCGGGGCGUAGGCCAGCAACGCACAUAA